AUGGGGGCUCUGCCUCGGGGUCUGCUGGUCCUCGGCGUUUGCGCCGUCCUGGUGGCGGCCGUGCUCGCCGAUGCAUCGCCGGCGUCGUCGAUGGUCGUCGGCUUGGCCAAGUGCGCCGACUGCACCAGGAAGAACAUGAAGGCUGAGGCUGCUUUCACGGGCCUUCAGGUGGCUGUCAAGUGCAAGAACGCCCACGGCGAAUACGAGACCAAGGCCGUCGGCGCGAUGGACAAGUCCGGCGCGUUCGGCGUGCCCCUCGGCGCCGACCUCCUCCGGGAGGAUGGCGAGCUGAAGCAGGACUGCUUCGCGCAGCUCCACAGCGCGCCCGACCACCCGUGCCCCGGGCAGGAGCCGUCCAUGAUCGUCCGGCAAUCCGCCAACGGCGCCGAGAAGAACGGCUUCGUCGCCGUCCCCGGCGAGGUGCACUACUCCUCCCAGGAGUGCGCGUCGGCGUUCCUCUGCCACUUCUUCCACAAGAAGCACCUCUUCCACAAGAAGCCCGCCUUGGUCGUCCCUCACCUCAACAAGAAGGCCAUCGUGAUCCCGCACAUCCACAAGAAGCCGAAGCCAGUGCCGGUGCCGGAAUACAAGCCGCCGACACCCACCCCGGUGUACACGCACCCGACGCCCGUGCCGGAGCACAAGCCGCCGACGCCGGUGUACACGCACCCGACACCGAUCUACCACCCUCCCGCUGACCAGAAGAUGGCCCAAGACCCGGAGACGGACCCUCAGCUCUUCAAGAAGCUCCUGCCGUUCAUCAAGAAGAACCCAUUCUUCAAGAAGUUCCCCCCUGCCAAGGAGGAUACCAACCCAUAG